AUGAGUUCAGACGCGCCGAUCAAAGACGAUGUGGUGAAGAAACCAAAUGCCGGCGACACCAAAGAUGCCGACGAUUCUAUCGAUGGCCAAGAGCUUAGAUUCACACCAGAAGAAGAAGAGGCCUUAGUGAAAGAGUCGGAUACGGCAAAGCAGGAGGCAAACGCCUUGUUCGCUUCCAAACAGUAUCAAGAUGCACUGAACAAAUACGACGAUGCAAUUAAUUCAUGUCCCAAAUACCUGUAUUAUCCUCGGGCAGUCAUCUACAGCAAUAUUGCAGCUUGCCAUAUUCAGCUUCAGGAUUGGAAAGAGACCAUCAAAGCAGCUUCCGAUUCUCUUAAAGCUUUGGAAAAGCUAGAGCAGAGUAACAGCCGACUACAGUCUGGGGAAAAGAAAGACGGUGACGAAAAGACUAAGCAGGAGGAUGACGAUGUGGAAGAAGAGAUUGUCAGUACUGGAGCUUCACGUGCGGCCCCAGCACCUGUUACAGUCGAUGAAGAAGUCAAGACGCUAGAGGCGAAUAUUCAGCGCAUUCGAUGCAAGGCCCUUAUGAGACGAGCCCGUGGCCGCACUGAGGCUGGUGGCUGGCACAACCUUGCUGGUGCAGAGGAAGACUGCAAAGCUCUUGCUGCCAAACCGGAAAGUCUGGCUCCAGCAGAUCUUCGAGUCGUUCAAAAGCAACUGCGAGAAUUACCUCCGCGGGUGAAGGCUGCCCAGGAGAAAGAGAUGGGCGAGAUGUGGGGUAAGCUAAAGGACCUUGGAAAUGGCAUCCUGAAGCCCUUUGGGUUGAGCACGAACAAUUUCCAGAUGGUCAAGGACGAGAAUACUGGAGGUUACAGUAUGAACUUUCAGCCUGGAGGAAAGUCUCAAUGA